AGAACCUUAAAAGGUUGUCUCUACCAACUGGACUGUUACCUUGGAGCAUCUUGAGUUCAGUUCUGUCUUGUUCAUAACUUAACUUUGACUUUGGUGAUCCUCUGCAACAACAAUGGGUGACGAGGUUGUUUUGUUGGAUACAUGGGCCAGCAUGUUUGGGAUGAGGGUUAGGAUUGCAUUGGCUGAAAAGGGUGUUAAGUAUGAGUACAAGGAAGAGAAUCUUCUAAUUGGAAAGAGCCCUUUUCUUUCUCAGAUGAACCCAAUUCACAAGAAAGUACCAGUUCUCAUUCAUAAUGGAAAACCCAUAUGUGAAUCUGCUAUUAUUGUUCAGUACAUAGAUGAGGUUUGGAAUCACAAAGCUCCAAUCAUGCCCUCUGACCCUUUCCAGAGAGCUCAUGCCAGAUUCUGGGUUGAUUACAUUGACAAAAAGAUAUAUGACACUUGGAGGAAAAUGUGGCUUUCAAAAGGGGAAGAGCAUGAGGCAUGGAAGAAGGAAUUGAUCUCAAUCUUUAAGCUACUUGAGGAGACACUUGGUGACAAACCUUUUUAUGGGGGUGACACUUUUGGGUUUCUUGAUCUUGGUCUGAUCCCUUUCUAUAGUUGGUUUUAUACUUUUGAGACGUUUGGCAACUUCAAAAUGGAAGCAGAGUGUCCUAAUCUGAUGGCUUGGGUCAAGAGAUGCAUGCAGAGAGAGACUGUGUCAAAAACUCUUCCUGAUGAAAAGAGGGUGUAUAAUCAUGUUUUGGCCAUGCAGAAAGCACUCGGAGUGGAAUAAAGGGACUGUUUGAAACAAACCAUUAAACAUUUGCAAUAUUGAAGGUCUUGUGUAAUUUUAUCUUAUGUUUGCUAGGUUUGGGUUACUUAUGGCCGGUUUGCAAGAUACUUGACUGUGUCUACAAUAUUUGGAGCUGAUGAGGGAUGAAUAUUGUUAUGUUUGGUUAAAGUUGUGCACUCAUGAUUAAUAAAAAGUUUAUGUUAGAUGUUUGAUGUUGUCCAAAUAUAAAACGUGUGUAA